AUGCUCAGCACCACGACAAUCUCGCGCACAGCGGCCGUCGCGUGCCUCGUCCUCCUGCACCACACGGUGUACUUCGUCGCUACCAACGCUCAACGCAAGCGGGUCAAAAAUAAAAAUAAAAACAGUCCCGGGGGCGGGCGCUUGCUGAUUGACCCUGAAGAGUGGGAGGUGCCGGGAACCAAGGACGAGGCGAACGAGUUUGCGAUGCCGAUUCCGUUCCAAAAGUUUAAUAUAGCAGUUCUCAUCCUUCUCCUCGUCGUAACUGCCACGGCAUUUGGGAUAAUGGUUGGCGGAGUCACGAAUGGAGCGCUGAAUUCAGAGGAUGAAGAUGAGGACGUGGAUUUGAAGGCGCGGGAUGUGAGAGCUGAGAAAGUGCAGACCGUUGUGCUGGGUUGCGUGGUUGUUGCGCUUGGAGUGAAUUUGGCGAUGUGUGCAUUGGGCCGGAGGAGGGCUCGAAAGGCGAAUGAGGAGAAAAAUGCGAGGGAGUUUGUUGGCGCGGGGAAUUAG